AUGGCUCCGGGCUCAUCCGCUCUCGCUCUCAAGGCAGCCGCCGUCGCCGCCAUCCUCGCCAUUCUGGUGGUGCCUUCUCUGGGGCGCUGCGGUCACUCUCAGGUGCCAGCAACGCCACCGCCUCCGGCUCUUCCACCAUCACCACCUCCGGCACCGGCGUCGGAGACGAUACUCUGCAAAGACUGUGCAGCCUCCGUCGCCUCGAUCUGCAGCGAUUCGUGCAACGGCGUAGCCGGUGUCUGCGGCAUCUGCAGUCGCGAGGACUGCAGCGGUGCAUGCAACAACGAAAAAGCGGGCAGCAACUGCACCGGCAAUCCAUGCACUGGCAACUGUGAGGUGUGCAACUAUGCAGCUCGAAGCUGCGACGCCUGUCGUGGCGCGAACGAGAGGAAGUGCUUCGGUACCUGCAGCGAUGAGUGA